AUGGUGGCCGGCCGCGUCAAGGCGGCCAUGGGCUUCCAGCGGAGCCCGGCGACGCCCAGGCCCUCCUCCUCCUCCUCGUCCGCGCGCAAGGCCCCGGCGCCGGCGCCGUUGCAGCUCCCCGGAUCCGCGGCCUCGGGGGCGGGGCAGCCGGAGACGCCGCGGCGGCGGUCGUCCGGCUCGCCGGCGCCGUCGGGGUCGGGGUCCAAGGCGGGGCCAUUCUCGCGCUACUUCCCGCGCUCGUCCGCGCAGGUGCAGCCGGCGCGCCCGGCGUCCGAGCCCGCCGAGCUCGUCCGCCUCGUCGAGGAGCUGCAGGAGCGGGAGUCGCGGCUCCGGACCGAGCUGCUGGAGCACAAGAUCCUCAAGGAGACCGUCGCCAUCGUGCCGUUCCUCGAGACCGAGCUCGCCGCCAAAAGCAGCGAGCUCGGUCGGUGCCGGGACGCGCUGUCCCGGCUCGAGACCGAGAACGCGCGCCUGCGCGCCGAGCUCGACGCUGCCGUGGCGGCCGCGAGGAGCAAUGAGCAGAGGGUUCUGGAGAUGGAGGAGGAGUUGGCGGAGGUGAGGAGGCGGCGGCGGGAGGCGGCGGCCGAGCCCGAUGACUGCUCGUCGUCGGCGUCCUCGGACAACUCCGAGCGCUCCAAUGCGGCGACCAACUCGGUCAUGCCAGCGAAGGUAGUGGCCGGGUUGUCGGUUCUUCCUCCCCCCGCGCCUCCUCCUCCUCCGCCACCGCCGCCAAUGCCGGCGCCUUACAAGUCCAGGUCCUACUUCUCCGGCUCGUCGCGCGCCUCGCCGGCGAACUCCUCAUCCAGUUCCUCCUCGUCCGCGCCAUCAACGCCGACCUACUCUUCAGAUACCGCGGCGUCAAGAAGCCGCGUGCCGGAGCUCUCCAAGCUCCCGCCGAUACCUGCCCCGCCGCCGCCACCGCCGCCGCCGCCGCCACCGUCAAUGCCGACGCGCGGACGCCGCAGCGCGACCUCGUCACCGUCGACCUCAAGCAGCAGCAGCAGCGGAGGCGCAGGACCUCCGGCUCCACCGCCACCACCUCCACCUGCGACGAGGAGGACCUCCAAGGCGUCCUCCCCUGCGACUUCAGCGUCGAUUCCGGCGCCCGCUCCAUGCGUGAGGCGAGUCCCAGAGGUGGUGGAGUUUUACCACUCGCUAAUGCGGAGAGACUCGAGGUCGAGGGACACCGGCGCAACCGGUGACGGAGGCGCCGGCGGGAGUGCCGCCGCGGCGAGGGACAUGAUCGGCGAGAUCGAGAAUCGCUCCGCUCAUCUUCUUGCGAUCAAAUCGGACGUGGAGAGGCAGGGCGACUUCAUCCGGUUCCUGAUCAAGGAGGUGCAGAGCGCAGCGUUUGCUGACAUCGAGGACGUGGUCACCUUCGUCAAGUGGCUCGACGUUGAGCUCUCACGCCUGGUGGAUGAGAGGGCGGUGCUGAAGCAUUUCGACUGGCCGGAGGGGAAGGCCGACGCAUUGCGGGAGGCUGCGUUUGGGUACCGUGACUUGAAGAAGAUCGAGUCGGAGGCGUCAUCGUUCUCUGAUGACCCCCGGCAGCCCUGCUCGUCUGCUCUCAAGAAGAUGCAAGCUCUCUUCGAGAAGUUGGAGCAUGGAGUGUACGGCCUUGUGCGUGUGCGGGAUGGUGCGAUGAGUCGGUACCGCGGGUACCAAAUCCCAUGGGAGUGGAUGCAGGACACUGGAAUUGUUAGUCAGAUCAAAUUACAAUCAGUGAAGCUAGCAAUGAAGUAUCUGAGAAGGGUUUCUUCAGAGCUUGAGGCCAUAAAAGGUGGCCCUGACGAAGAGGAGCUAAUGCUCCAAGGAGUCCGGUUCGCCUUCAGAGUACACCAGUUUGCAGGUGGCUUUGAUGGUGACACGAUGCGAGCCUUUCAAGAGCUCAAGGAGAAGGCUUUCCAGUCUCAGCGGGAAAUUCAAACUCAACAUCUGCAUCAGCAAAGACUCGCUGGCAGAAGUUGAAAUCAUGUAUUUAUAGCAGUCCAUUACUAUAGGAUAGUGGAAAUGUCUUUACUCAGCCAAAUACUCAAUUUAUCAGCGAGAAGCUAUUUCACAUCUUCA